ACCCGCCGACCUCCCAUGGCGCCGCCGCUCGCCGCCCCGCGCUUCCACACCGCCCUCCCCCGCCUCGUCCUCCUCCGCCCCCAGAAGCCCCUCCCCUGCUGGCGCCGCGCGGCUCGCCCCGACGAUCAGGAUUUGUAUGUCGACGACGACAUCGGGGACGGCUUCUCUUUCAGCGGCGGGAAGUAUGCGGAAGCCGAAGGCCCGAGUAAGUCGGACGAGUGGUUCGCUCAGGGGAGAAUGGUAAAAGCUCAUGCAUUAUAUGGCAACAAAGAGAAGGCAAAAGAUCCUUUCUUUGGUCUCACCAUGGGUAAGGGAUCACAAUCUUCGGAUGAUGUUUUCAGCUGGUUUUGUGUGGAGACAGGGAGCUCUUCUAAUCCCACAGUCCUUCUAAUUCAUGGCUUUCCAUCUCAGGCAUACUCUUACCGAAAGGUGCUACCUGUACUAUCAGACAAGUAUCGCUCCAUUGCUUUUGAUUGGCUUGGUUUUGGAUUCUCAGACAAGCCUCAACCUAAAUAUGGUUUUGACUACACUCUGGAUGAAUAUACUUCAGCCCUGGAAUCUCUAAUCGAUGCUGUUGCUCCUGACAAGCUCUCCAUCGUUGUUCAGGGCUACUUUGCUCCAAUUGUGGUCAAAUAUGCUAAUGAACAUCAAGACAAGUUGAACCAUCUUAUACUAGUUAAUCCACCGAUAACUGACAGACAUGCAAAGCUUCCAUCUACCCUUGCAUGUUUCAGCAACUUCUUGUUGGGCGAGAUAUUUUCCCAGGAUCCUCUCAGGGCUAGUGAUAAGGCCUUGACUAGUAGUGGCCCAUAUAUGAUGAAGGAGGAGGAUGCUACUGUAUAUAGAAGGCCAUACCUUGUCUCAGGUUCAUCUGGUUUUGCACUGAAUGCAAUAACAAGGGGUCUGGGAAAGGAUCUUAAGGGCUACAUCGAAUCCAUGAGGAGCAUAUUAGCGAGUGACUCAUGGAAUACAAAGACAACAAUAUGUUGGGGCAUGAGAGAUCGUUGGCUCACUUACGAUGGGGUGGCAAAUUUUUGUGAUGACCUAAAACACAAGUUUGUAGAGAUUCCCAUGGCAGGACACCAUGCACAGGAGGAUCGUGGUGAAGAGCUAGGCGAUAUAAUCAAACGUAUACUGAGAGGAUGACUACAUCAUAUGGGGCCAGGCUCUAGAACAUGUCAAAAACAGCCAAUAGGACAUGCACUCUUCUUGGUAUGAAAACGAGAAGCUGUGCCGCCCCAUUGAAGGCCAAUAUAUUCCAUUGAUAAGACAGUGCCUAAAGUGAUGUUAAAUGUCUCCGGACAGCAAAUGGCAAUCAUCGGUUGGUGUCCCAUGUUCUUGGAUCUGGUUCAUUAGUUCACCCAUGUUUUUCAGUUUUGACCUUUGUCUGUGCAUGAUUUGAAUUCUCUUAAACAAGAUCAAGCUAGAUGACCAAGAUGAUAUCUCUGCUGACUGAAAUUUCACAACUAUUGUUUUGAAUGCGCACCAAUGUGAUUCUAGAUUUAUUAUUAA